UUAUUUUGUAAACGCGUCUUCCGGCGCAGUCGCAGGUAGUUCGGUUGCACUCGCAUCAGGCUUGUGUCGGUGUGCGGCGGUGCCACCGGAGCAUCCGGAGCCCAGUGGGUGUCCCAGCGGUGCGCAGCAAUGCGGCGCUGGAGAUAAAACUUCACCAGCGAUGUCAGAGCCCGGAGCUUUCGCCUAACUUCAACCCGAGAAGAUGUCAGAUGUCACCAAAACUGUCCAGAAAUGGCACGCGAGUUUUAAAAAGGGCACGAACUUUGAUUCGUGGGGGCAGCUGGUGGAAGCCAUCGAUGAGUAUCACAUACUUGCGAGGCAGCUUCAGAAAGCGGUGCAGUCGUCAAACUCACAUGAUUUCACAGAGGAGCAGAAGAAAACCCUUGGAAAGUUUGCAACAUGCCUUGAAAUGCGAAGUGCGUCCUUACAGUGCACACAAUCUCAAGAGGAGUUCAAGUUAGAAGACCUGAAAAAACUGGAGCCCAUUAUUAAGAACAUUCUGACUUACAACAAAGAUUUCCCUUUUGAUGUCCAACCAGUGCCUUUGAGGAAGAUUCUUGCGCCGGGUGAGGAGGAGAACCUCGAGCUUGAGGAGGAGCUGGACGCUGGGACUGGAGCAGGUUCAAAACCAUCAUUCCCUUCAAGGGUUCCUGGUACGCUGUUGCCACGGUUACCCUCAGAGCCUGGAAUGACUUUGCUCUCGCUGACGAUAGAGAAGAUCGGUCUGAAAGACGCAGGACAGUGCAUCGACCCGUACAUUACAGUCAGUGUUAAAGAUCUGAACGGUAUAGACUUGAACCCGGUUCAGGACACGCCAGUGGCCGCGCGGAAGGAGGACACGUAUAUUCAUUUCAGCAUGGAUGUAGAAAUCCAGAAACAUCUAGAAAAACUACCAAAAGGUGCAGCUAUUUUCUUCGAAUUCAAACACUAUAAACCCAAGAAAAGAUUCACAAGCACUAAGUGUUUUGCUUUCAUGGAAAUGGAUGAGAUCAAACCAGGUCCCAUUGUUAUAGAACUGUACAAGAAACCGACCGACUUCAAGAGGAAAAAACUCAACCUCCUGACAAAGAAACCACUUUACCUGCACCUCAACCAGACUUUGCACAAAGACUCAAAGAUCCGACAGUCUGUUUUGCACCUUUGUAAUUCACUGAUAACCACCAAA